AUGAGUAUAGUUGUGGUAUCUUCAAAGCUUCUAAUGAAUUUUUGUUGUAAAAAUAACGGAUAUGAUUUUUCUCGAGAGUAUGGUAGAAUGGAUGGAGGAUUGGAAUUGCAACAAAUGACUUGGAAAUCAUGCAGUACGGUAUUACUCAAUUCACAUAAAGAAGAAACAGACAGGAAUGAAACAUUAGUUGAACUAGAUGAAGGAGUAGAUGUUUCUGAAAUAAUUUCAUUAAUAGGGUCUUGUGGAACAAACAGUUAUAUUGAACUAUUUGAUAGUUCUCUAGUUUGCGAGGAAGACCAAAGUGACUCUACAAUUAAUGACCUAGACUUCAAAAGAGAUGAUAUCCAUGUUGUUCCUACAGUAUCUAGCAACACAGACCUUCCAACUAUUAAUAUUUCACCGCCAACUCCAGAGAAUAAAAGUAUGGUCUGUUUUCGGCCUCGACUGGGGGAUAAAUCGUAUCUAACGGUUCCUCCAAAACCAAUUAAAGGUGAUUAUUACGGUAAGCAGUUUUGGAUAAAAUGUGGUAAAAUGUUAACUAAUAGCAUUCCUUCGUGUAUUUCGAAGGAUUUGGUUAUACCGAAUGAAAAUGUUAUCCAGUUAUUACAAGAAGAAGAGUUUAAAGUUUGCAAUAUCAAUCGCACUCACUAUACAAGGGGCGCCAAUAGUCCUUUUACUGAUCUAUAUUCAAAGUUCUGCUACAAGCAUAACAAACGAUUUAACAAGUACAUACCUUACAGGACUGAAUUUUUAAGGUAUUCUAAAGACCAGAGAGGAGAGAUCAACUUGUAUUCAAAAUGCGGCCUCUGCCCUUUUUGUCCGUGCAUUGUAUUUAAAAACAUGGAGACUGUUGAUUAUUAUGAUCAUUUAUCUCUACUUCACGGAAUUACUAGACAUAAUCUGUUAGUGCCAAAUCCGCGUUACUUCGGCCUUUAUAAAUUUGUUAAAGACGGUGUGGUUUAUCACCAUCAAGGAGUUACAUGCACGAUUUGCGGCGAUGUUCUUAAAAUUAAUAAUUCGAAAUCACUAUAUAAUUAUAUGAAGCAUUAUAGAGAUAAACAUUCCUAA